AUUUAAAAGAAUAUUUGAUGUAACCAAACAAAGUAACAAAUUUAAAAUGAAAUAGCAAAAGCAGUCAGUUUUAGGAAUAUGUUAAUAAUUUACAAUUAACAGUAAAUUUGUCAUUUCUAUGCAGAAUUCUGCUUCUUAUAGCUUCUGUCAGUCACUGCAAAGCUCUUCCUCUUGCUUGCCAAAUGCAGUCACAAUAGUGCCUAAGCACGCUUACAAAUUGUAUUUAGAAAUUGAAUAAUAACAUUUGCUUAAAUUAAACUAAACCAGAAAUAGAAUUUAAACAAUGUCGCAGCUUUUUUUGGAUGCCGGCAGUAUCAAGAAGGAAGUCGACAAUUGCUUUUUAGACGCAAAGCCGCCCAAACUUGAACAUGCCGAAGGAACACAGACGCCGGCCCAGAUGGACUCCAAAGUAGAUUUGGCCAAGCCGAUGAAACGGGAGAAGCAACGGGAAUGCGGUGCGUCGGCUAAAGCACAGCCAAAGCAGAAGCGUGCUCAGUCAGACGAACUCAAAGCGACAGGGAAACUAAAGAAGAAAGCAAGAAAGGAAGCAGAGAAGAGAGCAAAAAGGAAAGCUAAGAGAAAAGCAGAGGCGGAUGCAAGGUCACAGCAAGGCAUGAUCAAAUCAAAGUGCAGUCAAAUCAAACUGGCCUUCAUAGCGACCAACAGAUCGCCUCCACUCUCGGCCGAGCACAUGGUCAGGCUGCAGCAGGUGAUACUGGAUUUGACCGUCAGCCACACAACGCCGAAUGUGUUCCCACAGUUCGAGGACUGUGCGCCGCAGUCCGAGUGGCUGCUGCUCGUCUGCGCCAACCGCCAGACGGCCGACUGGGUGCGUCACAAUUUCGCUCAUAUGCGGCAAAAGAGCGGCUUGAGCAUUGAGCUGCUGGAGGAUAAUCAAGUGCCUAGAAAUCGGAUCGAUGGCUACUUUCCGAACAGUGCACAGCUGCCAGACGACAAGGUGCUGGCAUUAAUAAAUGCACAGAAUCCCAUCAAAACCAGACAAUGGCGUAUCAUACGCAGAGCUGUCAAUGGCCAUCUCUUGCACCUGUCCAUGGCCAUUGAUGACGAUUCCAUGCACAAGCUGGGCGCGUGCGGCGGCUACAUUUCCUAUUGCUUUGGCAGCAUAUGCCUCAAUCUAAACCUCAACAGAUCGCCCAUGGAUCAGGCUUACGACUCGACCGAUCAGAUUGGCAGCGAUUGGAACUCGAUUUUGACACAGCUCGAAAAUCUUCAUGUUCCCAUUGGAAACAACUCCGAGUGGCAUUAUCCAUUCAACCAGGCACACAAUGCUCACAACUAGACCCCGUCCACAACGGAAAGCUUCCUAGGAAUCUGAUCUGUGAGUUUUUAAAUUUGCUCCCAAGUCUUGUAACUAAUAUACCUUAAUUCUAAAAAUUAUGUUACUAAUCGUGUAUAAAAAACACGAAUACUUCGGGGAAAACAAACUCACAAUAUUAAAAAUAGCAUAUAUAUACAUAUA